AUGUCCCAAAGAAAAAUUUUAAUUUAUUGCGAUGAUGGCUCAGCCAACGUUGAUGUAGCUGAAGCGAGCAUAAAGCAGGCAAUAAAUGAGCUGCAUCUCCAGAAUGAUUUUCAAAUUGAAAAUGUGACCGCUAAUGAUAUUAUUGGUAACGAGAAUACGUUGCUAUCAACGAAAUUAUUUGUAAUGCCUGGUGGAAGAGACCUCCCUUACGUUGAAAAAUUAAAUGGCCUAGGGAAUCGACGCAUAAAACACUUUGUCAACCAAGGGGGUUGUUAUUUAGGCCUAUGUGCUGGCGCUUACUUUGCUAGUAGCAUAAUAGAAUUCGAGAAAGACACAGCAUUGGAAGUUUGCGGUGCUAGGGAACUAAAAUUCUAUCAUGGACUUGCAAAAGGAUGUGUUUAUCCUGGUUUCAGCUAUAAAGAUAAUUCCGGUGCUAGAGUAGUACCAAUUGAACUACACAAAGAAGUAGCCGACCAGGUUAGCUUUAAUCAGUGCUCAGUUUAUUAUAACGGCGGUUGCGAAUUUUUACCCUUAAAUGAUGACGUUGGCGAAGUGGAGAUUUUGGCUUCUUACUCUGCCCAUGAUAACGAAAACUCAUCAGUCAACAGGCAUGCUCCACCAAUCGCUAUAAUUAAAUGUAAAGUGGGUUCUGGCAUUGCAAUUCUUUCAGGUGUCCAUCCGGAAUACUCUGCAAAUCUACUUAGUUCAGAUAAAUAUGAUGAUAAAAUACUUCAGCAUUUACAUCAAUGUGAACACAACAGAGCCGUUUUAUUUCGCAAAUUAUUGUCGAUGUUAUUAUUGUAA